CUGACUGAACUUUCAACGUGAGAAAACUUUUGCCUGGGUUCAGUCGGGAAAGUUUGGACUCAAUGUCUCCAGUGAAGUCUUGAAUGGACAAAGCACCCACCUGUAUUUUGCGUCACUGGAGCGUCUAGGUUGUGAUGUGAAACCAUGGUGGUGGUGUUGUAAGAUUUUUAGUAAUCACAUUUGAGGGUGAUUAUAUUGGUAGCAGGUCUUGUAACAUCUGUGGGAUUCUUAGUUUGUUGGAAUGGAUUCACAUACAUAUCCUGUGGAAGUAGAGGAAAUUCCGCUAGAGGGAAUUGGACAAGAACAGGACAAUUCCUCUAGCGAGGAUGAACACAGGCAAGUUAACUUACGGAGGGCUUGCACAGAUGUCCACAUGUCACCAAGAAAUACAGAUGUUGCAGCUAAAUGUCAUUCCUAUAGUGGGAGAGAGCAUCGUCUGAAAAACACCCUGCCAUCACGUUCUGGAGGCAAGUACUUUGAUUUUUUGGGAAGUCACCUCCAACAUUAUGGGGCCGAUCAACGCCCUUCAGCAUGGUUCAACACAGUCAUUGCUCGUCGUAGGAAAGGGGUUGCUCCUCAGACAGAGGAAGAGGCUGUUGAUGAAAUAACUGAAGCAAUGGGUGGAGAUGAGAAACUUAUGUCAGAUGAUAUAGACGGAAAAAUGAUGCGCAGGGAAGCUUUAAGAGAAUUAUGCAAACCUCUGAAAGUUAAAAAAGAAAUUAGACGACGGCUUACAGCUCGCCAGACAUCUUCUAGAACUGCUGCUCGCACGAUAUCUGGGUGGAAGGCAUAUAAAUAUACAGUGAGCAUGCACUGGUAUAAGAUGAUUCAGUCAGUCCAAGAUACAUUCCAUGACUACAGUCUGUGGCAUAAAGAUCUAAAAGAAAUAGAAGGGACUUUUGGAACUGGCGUUGGAUCUUACUUUAGGUUCCUACGUUAUCUUUUCAUCCUGAAUCUUGUUAUUUCGCUUCUUGUAUGUGGGUUUCUUUUGACACCACAGUUGCUGGUCCACUUUAGUAAUGAAACCUUGGAACCGACAGAUAAUACCACAGCUACACCUUCUUUAGGUGAUGGUAUUGUGGUAACAGGAGACUUUCUGAUUGUAAAAGAGAGCAUGGCAGCCAUCAGAGAGCCCUUACAGUCACAAGGGGAGGAAUCACUUGAUGAAGAGAGACCUGGUUCACUGAAACAAGCUUCCACAAAUGAAACAAAAUUUGGUCCCAUUGAUUGGUUGACAGGUUCUGGUUGGUUUAAGGACACAGAGCUCUACUAUGGGUCAUAUCUGAGUGGCAACUUCUCACUUGUGUCUGACCAGUCCUAUAAUGUUGCUGAGGCAUAUUUUUUUAUUGUCUCACUGUCUUUCAUCUUGUACUUAGUAAUGAUUUUACACAGGGUUAUAGUUUUAUAUAAGAACAACUACAUUGACACUGUUCAUGAUAUGGCCUCAACGUUUAUCAAGAAAGUCUUUUCGUCGUGGGAUUUCACCAUCACCGAGAAGAAGGCUGCUUCCAUCAAACAUCGCAGUAUAUAUAAUGAGCUUACUGAAUUACUACAAGAAUAUUUAAAUGAAGAAAUCAGAGAAUCCUUCUGCACUCGUUUGAUGGCAUUGUGUGUGAACGCUGUUUUCUGGGCGAUUGUUUGUGGUUUUCUGGCAGUUUUGGUUGGCCACGUAUCUCAUGCUCGCCAGCAAAAUAGCAGUGAUUUAAGCUUGCUUAUAUACCCACUGAUAGUAACCCUGAUCAUGGUUAUCGUUCCUGUGGCAUUUGAAGGUCUCGUCAACAUAGAAGGUUACAAGUCACCUCGCCACAAACUCUAUGUCACCCUUGUCCGAACGAUUAUACUAGAGUUAACAAUACUGGGUGUUCUUAUUGGCUUUUGGUAUACACUAGAACAAAAUCCUGACAAUAAAUCAUCAGAGGCAGCAAAAGAAGUUUCAACAAAGAAGCUUGAUGAACCUCAGGUGUGGGUUUCUUUUGACACCAAACGUUGCUGGUCCACUUUGGUAAUGAAACCUUGGACCGCAGAUAAUACCACAGCUACACCUUCUUUAGGUAAUGGUAUUGUGGUAACAGGAGACUUUUUGAUUGUAAAAGAGAGCAUGGCAGCCAUCAGAGAGCCCUUACACUCACAAGGGGAGGAAUCACUUGAUGAAGAGAGACCUGGUUCACUGAAACAAGCUUCCACAAAUGAAACAAAAUUUGGUCCCAUUGAUUGGUUGACAGGUUCUGGUUGGUUUAAGGAUACAGAGCUCUACUAUGGGUCAUAUCUGAGUGGCAACUUCUCACUUGUGUCUGACCAGUCCUAUAAUGUUGCUGAGGCAUAUUUUUUUAUUGUCUCACUGUCUUUCAUCUUGUACUUAGUAAUGAUUUUACACAGGGUUAUAGUUUUAUAUAAGAACAACUACAUUGACACUGUUCAUGAUAUGGCUUCAACGUUUAUAAAGAAAGUCUUUUCGUCGUGGGAUUUCACCAUCACCGAGAAGAAGGCUGCUUCCAUCAAACAUCGCAGUAUAUAUAAUGAGCUUACUGAAUUACUACAAGAAUAUUUAAAUGAAGAAAUCAGAGAAUCCUUCUGCACUCGUUUGAUGGCAUUGUGUGUGAAGCUGGUUUUCUGGGCGAUUGUUUGUGGUUUUCUGGCAGUUUUGGGUUGGGCCACGUAUCUCAUGCUCGCCAGCAAAAUCAAUGAAGAUGUAGCCCAAACUACUGUGAGUAAAUAGGGUCUUGCUUAUAUACCCACGAUAGUAACCCUGAUCAUGGUUAUCGUUCCUGUGGCAUUUGAAGGUCUCGUCAACAUAGAAGGUUACAAGUCACCUCGCCACAAACUCUAUGUCACCCUUGUCCGAACGAUUAUACUAGAGUUAACAAUACUGGGUGUUCUUAUUGGCUUUUGGUAUACACUAGAACAAAAUCCUGACAAUAAAUCAUCAGAGGCAGCAAAAGAAGUUUCAACAAAGAAGCUUGAUGAACCUCAGGAAGACGACUGUUGGGAAACAUCUUUGGGAGAAGAAAUAUACCGCCUUUUGAUCAUGGACUUUCUCAUUGGUCUUUUGAUGAAUCUGGCAGUUGUCAUCUUUUCUAUUGCUACAAAGAAUAAGUCAUUAGGAAAAACGCAACAAUAUUUGCUUGAAUUCAACAUCAGCCGUAACACCCUGCAUCUCAUUUACAAUCAGACUCUUCUUUGGGCUGGUCUCUUUUUUUGCCCUCUAACACCACUUAUUGUGCUGCUGAAAAUGGGCAUCACAUUUUAUAUACAAAAGUUCAUCAUCUUGUCUUUCAUGAGAGCUGAUGAGAGACCAUGGAGAGCAGCUCAAACGGAGACAGUCUUUUUUGCACUCACAUUGGUGUCUCUCAUCCUUAACUUCUUGGCUUAUGGCUUCAUUCUGAUCAGAGGUUAUAGCUCAGUUGCUUGUGGCCCUUUCCAAGGCUACACACACUAUGUUGACUUUGUUUGGGCAUUGACAAAAAAUCAAGGAACCAUCCUUAGUGUAAUCAGCUGGAUCUUACAGCCAGGUGUUGUGGCUGGGAUACUUGGCCUUCUCGGGAUUUUGGUAUAUUGCGCCAAGAGUAUGGCUGAUGGGCGAGCUGAAAUGAUUCAGGUGUUGCGUCAGCAGGUAGAGCUGGAAGUUAAGGAUCGAGCCUUCUUGCUGCAGUUGACAGAGAGAGUACGAAGAGGAGAAUACAAGCCUAGCAGUCCAAAGUACAUGCAGUCAGACUCCUUACGUUCCCGCGGUUCGGGACAUCAUCCUCUCACACAACGAGGGUCUUUCAUCUUUUCAGACAGCAAAGUACAUCCAGCUGACGAAGUGAUGGGUCAAAGGUUCUUUGGAAAUGGUGGAGAUUUUGGUCAAGGACCUUCAAACUACUACUAGUUCAGUCAGUGAUCACGACUAAUAUUAGAUCUAGAGAGCAGCUACUUGGAACUUUUAGUUUCACAGACCCUGAUUCCUGCAGUAUCAAGCUUCCAUUAAUUACCAGAUUGGUGCUAUGGUAAAAAUCCAGUAUUUAUAGGCAUUUCUCUUAUUUUAUGUUAGAUUCUUUUUGUAUUCAAUAUGUACUUGAAGUUAUGGUUCAAUUAUCGGCUUUAAAUAAUGUUAAGAUACAAAGCUUUAAAAUCUUGUUUUUAUUGCAAAGGAUAAUAGUUGAUAUACAUAAGUUGUUGAAGCAAUAAAAGGUAAUUUAUGUUUUUGUUGUUGAACUGUGUAAUUGAAUAUAUCAAACUGCAAUAUCUUCAUUGUAGUACUCAUAAAUUCCUCAAGUGCUUUGCCAGCAAGUACCCAUAAAAUGACAAUUGGUAUUAUACCCACUUUAUACCAAGUAAAAUUUUAUAUAGGUGGAUUAAUCUUUGAGUAUACAUGCAUAUUACUUGGGGUUGUAUAGAUUUGCUUCCAUAGAAUAGCUAAUUCCUUACCUCCUAUGGGAAUACCCUUCCGUCCUCCAGGUU